CCCCCCACACACAUCAGCUGUUCUCCUGCCUUCUUUUCUCACCGUUUUAUCUGAAGUCAACAGUCCUUCCCUGCAUUCCUCUGUUUGGUGCUGCCUGGCCCGAGGACCGGAACGGACCGCCGACCCGCUGGGUUCAGAACCAGAGAAAUGUUCAGACUGCUGCUGCUGCUGCUGGGAGUCGCGGGUUUGAGUUUUGCUGCGACUCAAACCCCUAGCUACGAUGACUCCCCGAGCCCCGAGUUUCUGAACCCGUCCUGGAUGGCCAGCAUCCCUGACGCUCAGCUGCUCUCCGCAGUCACCAUGCCGGGGACCCACAACACCAUGGCGUUGUACGGCGGUGUGUACGCCGAGUGUCAGUCCUGGAGCCUGGAGUCCCAGCUCCACGCCGGCAUCCGUUUCUUAGACAUCCGUGUUCGCCACGUCAACGGGAACCUCACCAUCCACCACGGAGUGUCCUACCAGAGAGCCCACUUCGGCCACGUUCUGGAGGGCGUGGCCAACUUCCUGCUCAGGUUCCCCAGUGAGACGGUGCUGAUGCGUCUGAAAGAAGAGUUCAGUGAAACCAACAACAUCUACGGCGCGGUGGUGGACUUCCUGCAGCGCUACGGCAUGUGGGAGCUGGUGUGGCACAGCCGGCUGGUGCCGACCAUGGGGGAGGCGCGGGGGAAGCUCAUCAUCCUGCAGGACUUUUCCGGGCCGGACCUGGGGAUGCGUUACGGCUCCCUGGACAUCGCCGACGACUGGAAGGUCCCCACCCUCCUGGACCUGAAGGCCAAAUGGCAGAGCAUCUUUGACCAUCUGGAAGCAGCUCCGGCAGGAAACUCCCAGCAGAUUUUCCUCACCUUCAGCAGCGGCGCCGGCGUCUUUGCCAACCCCAGAGCUGUGGCCCACUACAUGAACCCGCAGCUGUACGAGUACCUGCAGGCCAAGACGGACUGGAACCAACGCUUUGGGAUCAUCUGCAUGGACUUCCCUGCUGCUCCCAUGAUUCAGAAGAUCAUCGACUUCCAGCUGAUGGAAAUCUCCACACGUUCUCUCAGCAAAGCUCCUCAGAAACACGGAGCCUCCACACUGCAGAGGAUCCUGGAGGGUCUGAGAUCUGGAUGAUCCCAGAUCUGGAUCAUCCAAGAUGUGGAUGAUCACAUAUCUGGAUGAUCUAAGAUCUGGAUGAUCUGAGAUGUGGAUGAUCACAUAUCUGGAUGAUCUAAGAUCUGGAUGAUCUGAGAUCUGGAUGAUCCAAGAUCUGAAUGAUCCAAUAUCUGGAUCAUUCCAGAUAUGGAUAAUUCCAGAUCUGGAUGAUCCAAGAUCUGGAUGAUCAUAGAUCUGGACCAUCCAAGAUCUCUGGAUCGUCCCAGAUCUGGAUCGUCCAGAUCUGGAUGAUCCAACCAUUCUCAUAGCCAAAGUUUGAAACUUCUAGAUUCAAAAUGAAUAAUGACAGAUUAAACAAUAUGAUAAACAUUCUUCCAUAAAGAUUCAACAAAAGCAAAAACAGCUGAAAAAAAAUCAACUUUCAGGAUUUUUUUGUUUAAAAAGGAAAAUAAAAGCAUUGCCAAAG